GUGUGAGUGAAUGUAUUUGGUUGCUCAUUUCAGAAUUCGGAUUUCUUCAAAGACCUUUUUCUUUUGGUUUAAGGUAACGUGGUUAGACUACAAUAUGCCUUUGUUUGCUGGGCAUUUACCUGUACAGGAAAAAGAUUUUGAUGACGCUCCACAAAUAGCUAACCAAUUGGAUCCUGAAACAAAAGAGACUUUGCAAUAUUUAAAGAGAGGGGAUCUCGGGAUCCCAAACCAUGCUCUAAGAUGUGCGGCUUAUCAGUAUGCUGGUCAAUGUGUUGAUGUAAACAGAGAAUACAUGCUGUGCAAACAGGAAGAGGGAGACCCAAGAAAAUGCUUGAAGUAUGGAGACAGAGUCAGUGAGUGUGCUGCAAAUUUUUUCCGCAAUGUUUCAGAGGCUUGUACGGAUCAAUUUGUGAAAAUGGCGCAAUGCGUUGAGAAAACAAAUUCUCGUAAAUUGAUUUAUUGCCGCGCUGAACAACUCGCUCUCGACACUUGCAUGUUCGAAAAACUAGGAUAUGAUAAGCUUCCGGACGCAGGAGUCUACUCGGAUAUAGAAGUGAAAACAGAUCGUCCCAAGCCGAAAAAUCCUUACAACUUCCGACCCAUUAUUGACAGCAGGAGACUUCCGGCAGAAGAUUACUUUGAGCGCCCAAUCGGACAAACGAGAGACGGCGACGAAAAGAAAUAAUUAUUGAUAUUGAACUUCACAAAACUAAAUAACUUUUUGAUUAUUUAUUAUCUUGAGUUCCAUAGACUUGAAAAACUUGGUGUUUUUGAUUAUUUGCAAACGAGCAAAAAGGAUCCCCUUAUUGUUAUAUACAUGCACAACUGGCAUGAAACCAAAUUUGUGUAAGUUUUGUUAACGAUUCAAAAGUUUAUACGCACACAUUUUUCUUGGGAUAUUUGUAAGCAUUUGGAAUGUUUGCAACCCUGUAUUGUUUGUAAAGUGGAAAAAUUAUCUUGUUGGCCUUUUCACUAAGUGUGCAUAUAUUUAACAAUAUUAGGUCUGGCAGCAACCUACUUCUCUUUAAACCUAACCAUCUUUAUCGUAUUUCAAUUGAGUUAUUCAAAAAAUAAAGUGUUGUGUUGUCCUGCACUAUAUUUGAAUUAUGUUGUUAGCAAAAUGCCACCAUUUUCAUGUUUUAUUGAUAUCCCGCCAUUUUAUGCUCCUUUGGUUUUUGAUGAAAAACCGGGCCAGAUUAAACAGAUUAGAUAAGACCAAUCUUUCCAAAUGAUAUAUUGUGUUUUUUUGCUCAAG